AUGCGCGCCAUCAUGGAAGCUUCCACAGUACGGCAGCUCUAUGUAGUCGUACAAGCCGAGCUGCAGGCCGCCCGCGUCGCUGGUGACGCUGCUUUUGCCGAGGCGGCGGCGGCGGCCUUGGCUCCGUGGACCCCUGCCGCCGCCGCCGCCGCCGCCGCCGCUCCGUCCGACGCCGCGGCGCCGUCACCCGACGGCACAGCUCCUCAGCCGCCGCGCAUGCGAGCCAUCCACGUGGCGGCAGCGAUGGCUUUGCUCGUACUAGCAUGCUCCCAGGCGAGGUUCCUGACUGCGCGUCAGCUGGUCAAUGUGAUGUGGGCGCUGGGACGAAUGGAGGCGGAUAAGGCCCUUCAUGACGUUGACGUCGAUGUCGACGGCGGUAAGGCUGCGGCGGGUGGCGCCGCUGAAGCGACGCAGCCUCCCAGCUUGGGUCAGCUGGAGGCUCUGGUUUCGGAGCUGCUCGGUCAGCCGGUGCAGCUGCGGCGUUUGGAGGUGGAGGUGGAGGAGGUGGAGGAAGCAGAAGAAGUUUGGAGGGAGGCGUCUGAAGCGGAGACGGAGACGGAGGCGCCGCCGCCGCCGCCGCGUGCAUGCAAACUAGAGCAAACGAGCUGUCGCGAGCUGGCCAACUUCGCCUGGGCGGCAGCGCAGCUACGGCUGGCGUCGCCGCCGCUGUGGGCGGCGAUACGGCAGAUAGCGACGGCGCGGUUGCGGUGGCGGCGGCGGCGGCAGGGACGUACUGAUCUGGCACCCGCUGGCGCCGCCGCCGCCGCCGCCGCCGCCGCCCCCGCCGAUGGUCAUCUGCAGUUCAACGCUGCCGACGUCGCCAACCUGUGUUGGGCGCUGGCCCGCGCGCGGCAGCCCCUGAAAGGGGAGCUCGGUCGGGGGCUGGUGCACGCGGCGUUGGAGGUCAUGGAGGACAUCGAUGCGGUGUCGCUGUCGAGCGUCAUUUGGGGACUGGGCAACCUAACCUCCCAGAUGACAUUCUCCCACCAACCACCGCAACCACCUGCAGCUCCGCGUCCGUCAUCCCACCUUGACGACCAUCUUGCCACGUCAGCGGACGAUGAUGGUGCGUUACGCGGGGGCGGCGGCGGCGACGGCGGCGGCAAUGACGGCGAGUACGGCUGGGUCACCCAGCCGGAUAUGCUGCCGCUGCUGCUGCAUCGCGCGGCGCCGAGGUUGGUCUCGGAGCUGUCCCAGCAACGGAUGGGGCCCCGGGAGGUUGUGAGUACGGCGUUAGGGCUGGCGGCGGUGGCGGCGGCGGCGAGGAGGAGCAGGAUGCCAGCGCUACAGCCGCCGAACCAGCUACUGCAGGCCUUGGCGGAUUACGUUGCGGCCAACGCCGCGGCCUUCGUCGCUGGCGGCAGCCCGGGUGGCAGCACGGGGGCCGCCGCGGUGGACGGCGGCGCCCCUCCAACGAGGACAGGGGCCUCCGUCCGACCUGUCGACAACUUGGCGACCGUGCUGCUGGCGCUGGUGCGGUGCGUGGAGGCGCCCGUGACCCACGGUGGCGGCGGCGGCGGCGGCGGCGGCGGCGGCGGCGGCGGCGGCGCCAGGGAUCCACGGGUCAUUCGCUGCGUCGAGCGCGCCCUAGAAGGGGCCGCCAGGCAGGUGGUUCGCAAUCUUCCGAGGGCUUCUCCGGCGAGUCUCGCAGCCCUGGCUGUAGCGUAUUCCAACCGAGCUACAGGCGGAGGUAGCGGCAGAGGCAGCGGUGGCGGCGCCGCCGCUGCUGCUGCUGCCGCCGCUGCCGCCGCCGCUGCCGCCGGGGCGGCGGCAGAGAUCACACCUUCGGACGGGGGAGACAUGAUCGCCGCCAGCAGCUCCGGCCUGCUGCCGCCGCCGCCGUCUCCUGCUGGCCCAGUCGUACCGCCAGUGCGGGCUGCCGUACUGCGCGCCACGCUGCGUGCAGCGCUGCGGCGGCUGGCUGCGCUGCCAGCUCCUUCCCCCCCAUCGUCGCCACCGUCACACGACGGCCCCGUCACUGCCGCUGCUGCCGGUGUUUUGGAUGCUCGUCACAUUAGGGAGAUUGUUGCCGUAAUGUGGUGGAGUGUUCAGGGUCUAGGUGGCGGAGAGGAGGGGGUGGCGGAGGAGCUUCGUGCGGCGGCGCCGUGGCUGCUGCAGCGAGCGCUGCCGCUGUGCCGGCCCGCGGAAGUGGCGCUCCUAGCCGCCGCCUACGCCCGCGCCGGCUGCCACCCCCCUGCCCUCAUGGCGGCGCUCUCCGCAGCGGCCCGCGCCGCCGCCCCUGAGCUGACCCCCCUGGACCUAUCUCAGCUAGCCUGGGCAGCCGCCACCGCCACCGCCACCGCCACCGCCACCGCCACCGCCGCAGCCGGGGCUAGGGCCGGCGGCGGCGGCGGCAGCGCCUGUCCCCCCCGGGACGCUCUGCUGCUGUCGGUGCUGGAGGAUCGAUGUACGGAGCUGUUGCGAGCAGGCGACUGGUUGCCGGGUCAAGAGCUGGCUGUCGUACUUUGGGCCUUUGCCAAGGAGCUGGCCAUGGUGGCGGCGGCGCUGGGGCAGCUCCGGUACUACGACGUGCAGCUGAUGCGGCUGCUGGCUGCACGGGUGGAGGCUGACGUGGAGCAGUACUCGGCCAGGCCCGGACUGCUGCAUGCCGCCGCCGCCCGCAUCCGGCACCUGCUGACGCUGCGGAGCCAACACCAACACCAACACCAACACCAACACAAGCACCAACAUAAAACGAAGCAGCGGAAGGCGGCGGCGGAGGAGGAGGAGCAGAAGGAGGACGAAGGGGGGAAUGAGGAGGGGGGCGAGGGGGGAUCCCCCCUGACGGCUUUUGACGCGGUGACCCUGCUCUGGUCGUUCGGAGUGCUGCAGCAUGUGGAUCUGGACUGCCUGCAGGGCCUUAUACGGAUCCUGCCAGCCGACCCAGGGGUCUACUCCACCUCUGACCUGUCCCGACUGGGGCUCGCUGACGCCAUGCUGCGCGGCGCACUGACUCGCUACCGAACAGGAAAGGCGGAUAGCGGUGGUAGCUAUGAUGGUGGCGGUAGCGGGGGCGGGGGCGGCACUCUUAGGCUGCUGCCGGCGGAACUGGGGGCGGCGGUGCUGCUGUCCGCGGGCUCGCAGCAGUCCCGGGUGUCCGGGUUGCAGCGGGAGGUAGCGGCGACGCUGCGGGGGAUGGGCUUGCGACCGAAGUUGGAGGUGGCCAUGGGUGUUUUUACGCUGGACCUUCGACUGGACCUUCCUGUGGGCUGGAGAUGGGAGGGACAGGGAGGUGUACGGCAACAACGACAAGAGGUACGGCAACAACAACCGACGCGUCAGCAACGCGGUGACGACGUCAUCCUCCCGGGUAAACCGCCGGCCGCCUGUGGUGGUGGCGGUGGUGGCGGUGGUGGUGGACGUGCGGGCGGAGUUGAGGGCGACGGAGCGCAACCGGAGGUCGACUUCCCGGUGCUUCCAGGCCGGCGACGGCAAUCCCCACAUCUCCCAGUCAUCCGGAUUGCGGUUGAGGUAGAUGGCCCCUCCCACUUCUGCGCCAACGUGCCCAAUCACGCGCUGGGGGCGACCGUAGCUCGGGACCGGUGCCUCCAGGCGCUGGGGCUGCAGCUGGUGGUGGUGCCGCACUUCGAAUGGUACUUGCUGCAGUGCAUUUCCUUGCUCUACCGCAUCCCCGUUAAUGUCCUUCGGCCUCUUUUUUUGAACUCUUUUUGUGAAUCUACUGUGUGGAUCGCGUUGAAGAGCCGGGAGGCGAAGAGGACGUACCUCGCCCGCCGCCUGGGGGCGGCGGCAGCGGCACCCCCGCCGGCCCCUCCGCCAUCUGACGGGGCAGGUCGCCGCCGCAGCGGCGGCGGCGGCGCCGAUGGCGGCGAUGAUGGCGGCGGAAACCGCGGUGGUUCCUCCGCCCAAACGGGUCGUGCCACUUCUCGCGCGCUCUUCCCAGCCAUGACGAUCACGACGCAUGUAGUACGGCGUUCUGCGGUGCCGGCAACGCCAGUGGUGACCCCGCCGUGA